CGCUUGCUUCUCAAGAGUCGUGUGCAGAAGAUGUCUAUAGGGAAGCUGGGCUGUGGUUUAACUAUACCUCAGGCUCGUGGACUGCGCAAGUAUCCCCAACGCCAGGUCGUAUUCUCCUGACUGAAAAUGCCGUUCAAGCCUCAGGAAAUUCCCAAGUGUCCGAAAUGCGGGAAGUCCGUGUAUGCUGCGGAGGAGAGGCUGGCUGGAGGCUACAAGUGGCACAAGUUCUGCUUCAAAUGUGACAUGUGCAACAAGAUGCUUGACAGUACAAACAGUGCCACUCACGAAGACAAGCUCUACUGUAAGGGUUGUCACGGCCGGAAGUACGGGCCAAAGGGCUACGGCUUCGGCGGCGGCGCAGGCGCACUCAGCAUGGACACUGGGGGUCAGUUUGGCAACAAGGAAAGUGAGAUGUCCAACCGUCCCACUGAAGUGCAUGUUGGUGCCUCGACGGCUGGCCCCGUAGAGGGAGGUUGCCCGCGCUGUGGCAAGAGAGUCUAUGACGCCGAGAAGGCCAUUGGGUCCACCGUGCCUUGGCACAAGACCUGCUUUAACUGCGCGACCUGCCACAAGUCUCUCGACUCUACCAAUACUAACAAACACGAAACCGAGAUCUACUGUAAAAAUUGUUACGGUAAGCAAUUCGGCCCAAGCGGUUACGGCUUCGGACAGGGCGCCGGCACUUUGUCCAUGGCAUAAGUUUUGUUACCGACAUUAGAGCAGCCCAGUUUGGGUUAUACCUGUCUAAUAUGGCUGGUUCAAAACUAAGAUGAUUGCGUGUAUAAGGUAACGUAGGGUUACCACGUCCAGCACUUAGUGAAUGAAAUAAAUGAAAAUGAAGAAAUAAUUUGAGCAAAAGCAUUCGUUUUCGUAUGGUGUAAUGUAAACUUUUUUUACAUAUCAGAACACUUUCAUUCUAAUUUAAAAACUAAUCACUGCUUGCCAUGUUGUUUAACAUGUUGACGUCAAAUAUACAAGCUGUAGAUUUUUCCUUUAUGUCCCUUUAUUAUUUAAUGCACCAUUAUAUAUUUUUGUUGCUCUGAAUCCAACUUAAAAUAAAUGCCACAGAAAAUGACAUAAA